AUGUGGUUGAUCAACACGACGACUUUGAAGCUUGAAGCCUUCACCUCCUGCCCUUUGGGUGAAUACGCUAUACUAUCGCACACAUGGGAAGAUGAAGAGCUGGACCUCAACACCUUCGCGUCAGGUCAUGGUCGGGAAAUGAAGGGGUAUAACAAGAUACAGAAUUGCUGUAUGCAGGCGAAAACCCACGGUUUGGAUUAUGCUUGGGUCGAUACUGUGUGCAUCGACAAACGGAGCAGCACCGAGCUUUCAGAGGCCAUCAACUCGAUGUUCUCUUGGUAUGCAGCUGCUGCAGUGUGCUACGUAUAUCUUGCAGACAUGUGCUCAACAGGGUCUGUGAGUUUACAGGCUGUUGCUGAUCCACUCAAAAACUGUCGAUGGUUUACAAGAGGGUGGACGUUACAAGAGCUCCUCGCUCCAAAGGUUGUGAAGUUCUAUGCACGCGAUUGGAGUCUAAUAGGCACCAAAGAAGAGCUUGCUUCUGUCAUACAUACCAUUACAGGAAUUGAUGAAAACGCAUUGGCCAGCGUUAAGGACAUGCGUAAGUGCUCGAUAGCUCAGAGAAUUUCCUGGGCAUCUGGACGAAAGACGACAAGGAUCGAAGAUCUCGCAUAUUGUCUAUUGGGUGUUUUUGAUGUCAACAUGCCUCUUUUGUAUGGAGAAGGGAUGAGAGCUUUUAUGCGUCUCCAACGGACAAUCAUUGAAAACUCUGAUGACGAAAGUAUCUUUGCAUGGUCGGGGGUUGGUGAUGAUGGGUCCGGCAUGUUGGCGAAAAGUCCUGACUGUUUCGCGGAAAGCGGUGACAUAAUGACAAGCAUAGAAGGCCUGGGACGGCUACCUUACUCGAUGACAAACCGUGGCUUAGCGAUCGAGUGCGAGCUGACCCGUUACCGAAUGAACACCUACAUCACGCCUCUGCGAUGCUUUCGAUACCAGCCGGACUCAAAGCCUGGAAUUUUGGGCAUAUACCUUUGUCGCACAAAUGUGGAUGACCAAUAUCAAAGGGUCCUCGUAGACGGAACUGACCUAUUCGCCAUAGCUACAUGGGAUCCGUGCAAUGCAACAAAGCGACAGCUUCAUAUUCCUGACGAAGCUCACGUGGCUCUGGCUCCACGCAUUGGCCUACCUAUACUAUCGUUCCAGCCUCAAACCUCUCCAGUGCAUCCUGUGAUCCAGCAUGAACAUGCUGGGCGCUCAGAGCGCCCAGCAAGUGUAGGCACGGCGGGAUUCCCUCGCCAACACGACUGUCAUCAAGGGCCCCUACUCCCAUGGCGCAACGAAUGGUGGCUACAGACAAAACAACACGACCUCGAAUCCGGCAUGAUAAGUGUGAUGUUUCCCUCAACUCCAAUGGCGGUCGAGAACUGCCAUACGGAACCAGUGCAUCGAGAAGUGAUACUACAAAAUUUCGAAGAGGGCUUUCAGUGUUUCGAUUCCAGGCUUCUCAUUACAGACAACAUGAGAGUUGGCUUCAAUGUCGAUUUCGAGCCGGUAUGCGUCCUCUAUACACCAUGGCUUCCAAGGUACUGGUUUACAGGCCCUCAGUACCAGCUGUUCUCUUUCGGUAACAAUGUCAGUUAUAACAAGCUGGAUGGGAAGUUAGCUCUCUCAAAUCCAAGUAGUCCAGAUCUCUGGGUUCUCAGGGGCCACAGAUCGAAAGGUUUAGAGGCGGUCAUAAACACACGGCCACCACACUCAUACAUAAAAAGACAGCUUGUGAUCAGUAUGCGCCCAGUUCCUAUCGAUGAAGACAACGUUAAUGGUCUCGUCUGGUACCUCAAGACUGAGGUCAAAGAGAUUGAUCAUGAAUUCGUAUCUCGCUUGAGUGAGAGUGAGAGUGAGCGUGAGCGUGAGCGUGAGCGUGAGCGUGAGAGUGAGCGUGAGAGUGAGAGUGAGAGUGAGCGUGAGCGUGAGCGUGAGCGUGAGCGUGAGAGUGAGCGUGAGAGUGAGAGUGAGCGUGAGCGUGAGCGUGAGCGUGAGCGUGAGAGUGAGCGUGAGAGUGAGAGUGAGCGUGAGCGUGAGCGUGAGCGUGAGCGUGAGAGUGAGCGUGAGAGUGAGAGUGAGCGUGAGCGUGAGCGUGAGCGUGAGCGUGAGAGUGAGCGUGAGAGUGAGAGUGAGCGUGAGCGUGAGCGUGAGCGUGAGCGUGAGAGUGAGCGUGAGAGUGAGAGUGAGCGUGAGCGUGAGCGUGAGCGUGAGCGUGAGAGUGAGCGUGAGAGUGAGAGUGAGCGUGAGCGUGAGCGUGAGCGUGAGCGUGAGAGUGAGCGUGAGAGUGAGAGUGAGCGUGAGCGUGAGCGUGAGCGUGAGCGUGAGAGUGAGCGUGAGAGUGAGAGUGAGCGUGAGCGUGAGCGUGAGCGUGAGCGUGAGAGUGAGCGUGAGAGUGAGAGUGAGCGUGAGCGUGAGCGUGAGCGUGAGCGUGAGAGUGAGCGUGAGAGUGAGAGUGAGCGUGAGCGUGAGAGUGAGAGUGAGAGUGAGCGUGAGAGUGAGAGAAUGCAGGCUAAUAAAUCCCGGGGGGUGGUAAAAGAACCUCACAGCUGCGGCACUAUGGCUGACCUUACCCCUAUUCUGGCAAUGACCAGGAAGGAAAAGUAA